AUGUCUCACAACAAAUCCCCUGGUUCUUUCAAAGCAAACAAACGUCGUCAUGUCGAUUCUGUUUCGUCUGACGAUGAGGUUUCGCCUAUUGUUGCAGAUUCUUGGCCACGAUUCAUUGUUAUCGCAUCGGUCGAUGAAACUCCUUUAAAACUUAAUCCGUUUGCCAUAUCAAAGGGCAUCCAACGUACUUGUGGUGAAGUGAAGAACGUUACACGUCUUCGUUCUGGUUCCAUACUUGUGGAAUGUGCACGGAGACAGCAAUCUAUCAACUUGCUAGGUCUCCAGCAGUUUGUUAACACGCAGGUUGCUGUCUCAGUGCACAGGACAUUGAAUUCUAGCCGUGGUAUCGUGCGAGAUCGAGCACGAUGUCUUUCAGAAAUGACAGAAGAGGAGAUUGCAGCAGAACUUAAGCAUCAGGGUGUCACCGUUGUCCAGCGAUUCACACGCAAAACAGAAGAUGGAAAUAUAUUAAAAACUCAGACAUAUCUUUUCACAUUUUCAACUUCUACUGUUCCAUCAUCAAUAAAAGCUGGAUACUUCAGAGUGGAGGUUUAUGUUCCAAAUCCACUCCGGUGUUUCAAGUGUCAACACUUCGGUCACGGGGCCAAAUCUUGCACGGCCAAGACAAGAUGCUCCCGUUGCAGUGGUCCUCAUGAGGGCACAGAGUGCACAAAUGAGAUCAAAUGUGCUAACUGCAGCGGUAAGCACUUGUCGUCCUCCAAAUCAUGCCCGAUUUUCGAUCACGAAUCGAAAAUACUAAAAAUCAAACAUACAAAUAACAUUUCCUACUCUGAUGCUAAAAAACUCCUUGUUCCCUCUCAGACCACUUCAAAUAGAUUAUAUUCAGCUGCAGUCUCUUCUCAAGGUCACAAAAUCACAAUGAGAUCCAAUCAUUGUCAAACUGAAAUUUCUUGGGUCCACAAUGACCAGAUCAUCAUUGAUGACGCACCUAAAUUGUCUCCGGAUAAGCCAUCAACAAUGACGUCUUCAUCUCAAACGGAAAACUUGCAAACUUCGCAUAUUCAACCAACUGAACCAGAAAUAAUAACGGAAAUCGAAUCAGUUCAGGGCGAAGCCCAUCUAUCUAAAAAACAGACCAAAAAACAAAUGAGGAGAAAGGCCAGAGCACUCCAGCACUUGGAGGAGCCUUCCACUGACGCGUGCCCUGUAGCGGUUCAUAAUUCUUAUGAACCAUUGGACAUGGAGGUCACUCCUUCUCUCCCAGUACAUGGGAAUGUUCCUUCUACUCGUUCACGUCUCCCAGUUGAACCUCCAUGA